AUGGGCAACUUUUCGGGAAUAUCUGGGGUUAGCAGUGACGAUGAUGAUGAGUUACUGGAGAUCUCAGCAAAUGAAUUUCAGCACAACACCCGGUCGCCGCCCUUACAUCCGACAUCCGCCUCGGGCUCAGCGUUGAGUCGUACGCGGAGAUAUGGCAACCUAAACCCGUCUGCGGACUUUAUUGAUAUUGAUGAUCUCGAAGACGCCAUGUCGCCAUUGCCCUCUUUGCCUUCCACUCGUUUGCCAUCACAAAACUCCUCUGCUUCAUUCGAUAUCCAACCUGGAAGGAGAGACCAUUACAACAAACCUGAUGAAAGAUCACGGUUCUCGUCGGCUGUGGAUGCUGUCCGGCAAGGAUCGGCUACUAUAGGUUCUCAUUUAAGCAACCUUGGGAGUGCCGUAGGGAGAUGGAUGAAUGUGCCAGAGGGAUACCAACCAGCGUCACCCUAUGGAAAUUUGUAUGGCUACCCGUACUCGAACGAAUACGGCGGUGCAUAUGGAUACGGAUAUCCAUCUCCGUUUGGUAUGCCAUACGGGGCUGACCGUUCAAUGCCUGGUGGCUCGAACUCGUCGUAUUUCAAUCACCUUUCACAUAUGGUACAAAGCGGAAAGUAUGGGCCGAACCUCUCUGGCGAUGCUUUUCAAGCUUUAGCAGAUCGCUACGAUUACAUUGUCAACGACCCAACUAAGACCCGAGAGGAGAUAAAGGCGCUUCUGGAUAAUAUCCGGCCAGAUGAGGAGCUACCUCCUGAAAACCGCGAAGGAACACCUGAUGGCCUAAAAUAUCCGUUGAUGGAACAUCAAAAACUUGGCUUGUCAUGGUUGAAGAAAAUGGAAGAAGGGUCCAACAAGGGGGGAAUAUUGGCUGAUGAUAUGGGCUUGGGCAAAACAAUACAAGCUCUGGCAUUGAUGCUGUUUCGGCCUUCCAGCGACACUCGACAGAAAACAACUCUUAUAGUUGCUCCUGUCGCACUUCUAAGGCAGUGGGAACGGGAAAUUCAGACCAAGGUUAACACCAACCAUCGUCUCACAACAUAUCUUCUCCACGGAGUAAACAAAAAGAAUGUCACUUGGAAUCGAAUCAGAGAGCAUGACGUUGUUCUAACAACCUACGGCACUCUCGCAUCAGAAUACAACCAGAAGGAGAGUGCCAAACGGGCUAGGAGGGCCAAUCCUGCGCUCAGAGGUGUACGCACGGAGAAAUUACUGCUAUUGGGAGAUGAGUGUAGGUUUCACCGGGUAAUUCUUGAUGAGGCACAAUGUAUCAAAAAUAAAGACACCAAGGCCGCUAGAGCAGCCUGUUGUCUACAAGCUUCGACACGUUUUUGCAUGACAGGCACGCCCAUGAUGAACAAUGUUGAGGAGUUAUAUUCUCUGAUCUGUUUCCUUCGAAUUAAACCGUACAAUGAAUUAGAAAGAUUCAACAAGGAUUUCAAGCGACCCUUAAAGGGUACAAGCGAAGCCGGCAAGGAACAGGCAAUGAGGAAGCUGCAAGCCUUGCUCAAGGCAAUACUACUUCGUAGAAAUAAGAAGUCGAAAAUUGAUGGUCGUCCGAUUCUCCAACUGCCGGAACGAACGACGGAAGUUGUGCACGCCGUGUUCGAUAACGAUGAGAGCGAGUUUUAUAGAGCUCUUGAAACGAAAACGGUUCUGCAAUUCAACAAAUAUCUGAAGGCCGGUACGGUUGGUCGGAACUAUUCGAAUAUCCUCGUCUUGCUCCUUCGACUUCGGCAAGCUUGCUGCCAUCCACACCUUAUAAAGGAUUUCGGCGUUGCCGCUAAUGCCGAGCUCUCGACAAAUGAUAUGCUCGCUCUGGCCAAGGAGCUGGCUCCCGAUGUUGUGGCCAGGAUCAAAGAGAUUGCCGCUUUUGAAUGCCCUGUCUGCUAUGAUGCGGUGGAAAAUCCAGCCAUAUUCCUCCCUUGUGGACAUGAUACUUGUUCCGAGUGUUUUACGAGAAUCUCAGAUCCAUCGCAAGCACUCACACUAGGCAAUGAAGACCCUGUCGUCAAAUGUCCUUCUUGUCGGCAAGUUAUCUCACCCAAGAGGGUUAUCGACUAUGUCUCCUUCAAGAAGGUGCACAUGCCCACGGAGGCUGAGAACGAGGAGAAUGAGGAAGAAGAAGAAGAAGAAGAAGAAGAAGAAGACGUCGAUAGUGCUACCGAGAGUGAUGAAGAUGACGGAGACGAAGACGAAAAUGAUGAUGACUCAGAGACCAGCAGCCUGGGUGGGUUCGUCGUAGACGAUGAACGUACGGAUGACCAGGAUGAAGAAAAAUAUGCCCAAGGCGACAAUCCGUUCAGCAAGGCGAAGAAUGGCGGAACUCAGAAAAAGACGAGAAGCAAAGGAAAAGGAAAGGGCAAAGCCAAGGAGUCCAAAGCGCCCCGCAAGACUCUGGGGCAGUUGAAGAAAGAAGCUUUGCGCAGUGUCAAGGCGAAGAGAAGGUACAUGCGCCGCCUGGCGCGAGACUGGGUUUCCAGCGCAAAGAUUGACAAAGCAUGCGAACUUCUACAGCAAAUUAGCGAUCGCAAAGAUGGGCAAAAGACUAUCGUUUUCAGCCAGUUUACCUCUCUUCUUGAUCUUCUCGAAGUACCUGUCGACCGAAACGGCUGGGGCUACAGGCGCUACGACGGGAGCAUGACGGCCAAGCAUCGACAUCAAGCAGUGAUCGAUUUUACGGAUAAUCCAGAUUGCACGAUCAUGCUUGUAUCGCUAAAGGCUGGCAACGCAGGACUCAAUCUCGUUGCUGCAUCGCAAGUCAUUAUCCUGGAUCCAUUCUGGAAUCCAUAUAUUGAAGAACAGGCUAUUGAUCGCGCUCAUCGAAUCGGGCAAAUGCGGCCAGUCCAGGUUCACCGCAUUCUUGUCAAAGACACAGUGGAAGAUCGCAUUAUCGAUCUCCAAGAGAAGAAGCGGGAGUUGAUUGAAGGCGCCCUUGACGAGAAGGCUAGCCAGAAUAUAAGUAGACUCGGAACCCGCGAGUUGGCAUUCCUUUUUGGUGUUUCUAACCACUGA